AUGGCUAAAAUAGUCCAAUCAGCCUACACAAAAAGCCCUCGUACCUCUCAUUCUACCUUGAACAGUAUCUGGGUCGGUAUCAAUGAUAUUGGUCUAACCUAUGGUUGGCGAAACACGGGUCAAGUGGAUGCAACCAUUAUGCAGCAAUACAAGUCCUUGAUUGUAAGUCUGAUUGCGAAUGGUGAAACUCAGUUUAUGCUGAUGAAUGUUCCACCUAUUGAACGGUCUCCAAUGUGGACAAACACGACUAUAAUGUCCAAGAACAUCAAAAGGCAUGUAGAAAGUAAGAUCGAGCUCUUAGGUUGA